AUGUCAAUUUGUUCCUCUUUAUCAUCAUCUUGUUCAUCUUUAUCAUCAUCCUCCUUCUCAGAGCCAGCUGUAGCAGAGGCGGCAACACCAGACUACCACUGCCACGACGACAGUAGCAUUUACUACUUUGGCUAUGGCGCCUUGGUGAAUCCCAUGGCACGUCAACGCCGCGGCGUCAAGACGUGUCAAGCACAAGCGGCCAGUCUUCCCGAUUACCGCUUGACGUUUGCGGUCGCCGGUGCCGCCAAUAUCUGUCAACAACAAGGCUGGGAAUGUCACGGGAUUCUCAUGAAGUGUGCUUCGCCACAAGACUUUGAAACAUUAAAGGCGUUUGAUACCGGCUACGACUGUAUUGCCGUUCAAGUCUUUCCCUAUCACGAUUACUGGAAUGACAGUGAUGAUGCUGCUACGACAAAAGUCCAAGAAGACAAUCAGACCAAAUGUGGGUAUCGCAAUUCGUUACACGGCAAACAAUCCAUUACCGCCAAUGUCUUUGUCAUGCACGCCGACCCGGAAAAGAAUGAAGCAUUGCCCAUGGAUCGAUUGCCGCAAGAACGAUACUUGCGAGUCAUUGCGGCGGGCAUGAAGAGCUACGGCGUCGAUGAGGGGUAUAUCGAAGAAGAAAUCAUGGGAGUCCCCUACAUUCCCAGUCGCAAACCCCACGAGUACCUCACGUUCCCACCCGCACAAGCAGACGUACCGGAAAUGUCACUGGUCGAAUGGAAUCACUAUUGUCACGAACGAUUGCAACAUGAAGCAAAACCAUUGAUAUUGAUACGGCUCGGUUCCACUGUGAUUCAACUACAAGACUACAAUGUCGACAAUCCCUUUUGUACAUGGCUUCACGGACGCAUGAUGGGACCGCACGAUGCGACGUGGGUAUUGAUGCAAACCCUCCUAGAUCCCGACCUGACACCGCGCAUUACCAGCCCCGAUCAAGUCGCUGCCCCGCAUCAUGCCUGGGCCGAAAAUCAACUCAUGGAAAAGUUUGAACAAGCCGGAUUGCAUACCGCCACUACCAUUGUGCGGGUGCAACUGUCCCAAACCACACCCUGCGUUCAGUGCAAUUAUCAACAGCAACAACAACAACAGCUGCACCGGAGUAGUACGGCGCUCAGUACCAAUAGCAGCAUUACCACCACAUCCUCCACGCAAUUGUCGUUGUUGUUGACGGAUGAAUCGCAAUCCGAACCAGCCGACAACGAAGGACGACAACGCAAACAAAAGAACAAACUGCUGCUGUCGCGAAACAAAUCCUCCAAGAGCCAUUCCAAAUUGUCGUCCAUGCGCUCGUCAUUGCGAUCCAGUCUUCAUGGACUCUUUGUCAGACGGUCGUCGCGAGAAUCUGCCCUGACGACGUCGUCCCAACAACGACAGCCACUCGCUUCUUCGGCGGGAUAA